GUGGAAUCACAUUUAGACUGAGAAUGGACUAUGAUCCUUCAAUAUGUAAAAAUACGUCAAUAAUCAUUACAGAAAUCGAAAUAUAUAUGUAUAAAUGAGAAAAUACGUGAAAAUAUUCUUGAACGCAUUAAAUUUCGAAGCUCGGAGGUACAAGAACUCAUUGAAAAAUGUCUUCCGUUUAUGAUUUGUAUGACAAUUCCACAUAUAAGAACGAAAGGCUACAGCGAACUCCUUUACGUUUCUAUAUUUGGAUCCUAAUAGAUACGCUUAUUAUGGUAAUGGUGACAGCUGGUGUUGUCCUCUUAUUUACCUUCGUGUAAGAAUACAUAAAAUUUUCCGAUGAAAUAUUCUCUUGGUUGUAGGAACGUGAUUGGUGAAUUCUUCAAAACGAAUUUCUGGAUAAAAUUUACCAUUUUAGGAGUCGGUUUCCUUGUGUUCCUGAUAUUCUUCUUCGUGGAAAAAAUUCGAUCGCGACGAGUUGGUGUCUAUGUCAUGUUUUCAAUUGUGAUCGCAACGUUGUCUGUGGUAUUGGCUGAUAUUUUGUCACCUGUUGGACUGAAAGCUGGACUCAUAUCUCUGGCCUGUAUACUUGUGGUGGAAAUUCCAAUAGUUGUGACGGCUUUGCUCUUGCCUCGAAUGAAUGAGAAGGGGUUGGUAGUGUUUAACUCUGUGGCAUGGACUUCUGCGAUUGUGGGAGUCAUUUUGAUCAUUUUCUCUGUGUUCUUCGAACAACAAAUAAUUUUAGCUCUGGCAGUAGCUUUCUGUAUAUUAUUCAUACUCUUCUUAUUGUUCACUUGUGUCAAUAAUUAUGACUUGAUCGCUUGGUGGAUGGAUUUCAUCGCAGUAGAAUUCACCACAGCUUUCAUCAUCUGGCUUUGUACGAUCAGCAUGUACGGCAUUCUCGAAAGUACUUUAGCAAAGUUCUUCAAAGAAACAAAUAACACGGAUAUUUAGUGAAAUGCUUCUCCCGGUUUAUUUUUUCUGGUAGACAGUUAAAUAUGACUAUGUCACUCUUUAGUCGUCUUCAGAUUUAUUCUCAUUUUUGUGAUUUCUUUCUCCCUAUGAUGACGAUAUGAUAAUCAUUGGUCCUCUUUCUCAUAUGAAGUUUGUCAUUACUUGGACAGACACUGACACUGUGUUCAGUGUUCUGCUAUAAGAAAAACAAACAAAAUAUACCUGUAAACAUCAACACCAUCAAAUGUACAUGUACAAAUAUAUCACUG